AUGCUUACAAGUGGUCUACGACCCAGCUCUACAACACAGUCGGGAAAGCGGCGCAAGGUCCAGGCCUCGAGUCUUGAGGAGGAAGACAACCUUGCCGCGAAGCUCCGAUACGGCGACGUGGCCCUCAUCUUCACGGAGGACGACCGUGGACAUGCCCGCUUCGCGGUACGGUCCACAUUCAAGUACUUCAAGGGCGGAAAUCGUCGAGCGCAACAAAAGACCUUCACCUGGUUCGAUCAGCCGGACGUCCUCACCUGUCCCGUCGCCCACUUAGUCUCGCUCGCUCUUCACGACGAAGCUUUUCGACUUCCGGCUUUGCACGGUGCACAGAGCAUUUUCGAUGUCACCCUUCCCGCCGGACAAAAAAAGAUCACGCUCCAUUGGCGCGACGACGUCCUUGACAAGCCCAUCCUGCGAACCUCAGACGGCUGGUCGACUGAAACCGAAUUGCCCAGUAGUGUAGCGUCGAAGCGGUUGAGGAGCUUAGGAGAGAAGAUGGGUUACCGCGAGCCAGUCACAUGGUAUUGGCUUCCGCGACUGGUUCUUAAUGCCGUGGACGGUGCUGGAUCUGAAGAAGUGCGCAAUCAGGUCGCAGGCCACCUUGACAGUCGGACCUAUCGAAACAAUUAUCAGGAUCAGCAUAUCUCCCUCGAUGUUGCGAGCCUCGUUCGCGGUCGGCAGACGGAGGACGCCCUCAUGCAGAAGCUGAACCAUGCUGCAGCCGAUAUCGAUCCCAACUGCAAUCUCCCGCUUGCGCCCGAAACUCUGCAGCAGAUCGCGACCCUCCUGGACGUUGUCGCUCUCGAAGCCGAAUGUUGCCGCCUCGCGCAAAUUCUGCGAGACCAAUAUGGCGCCAUCUCAGCCGCUCCAUCUUCUGAUAGCCUGGUCGCUCAACAUACCCAAAGCCAACGCAAAUACCGGGCGAGGAAGCAGUUUCACCGAUCCCGGCUGCUGGUUCAGCAGCGGCGAGACUACUUUGCCCACAGAGACACAGAGCUGAUCAAGAUGCAGCUUAGUAAUGGGGGCUCCCCCGACUCGGUAUCACCGAAACAAAGAGUGUGCCAGCUCUCGGUUCCCGAAAGAGCGACCUUGGUGGCGCUGGCCACGGUUGGUGACUUCUCAUCCCCAACUUCACGAGCAGAUCGAGCGGGUGCCGUCCAGGCCAUGGCAGAUCUCUGUCGCCGGGUCGAACUGCCACAGCACCGCCGAGGUCCCGAGACCAUACUGGCACGCGAACUGAGCCCUAGUUCCUUAUCAAGCAAGCCUGACAAAGUCCCGGACACGGAUCCAUUCCCUCUACGAUGUCUCCCGUUUCAAUGCCUGUUCUGCCUCGGCGACGAGCGACUUAUUUUAGGAGACCGUACGCAUAAUUUCAACCGUCAACAGGCUCUGUGGAAGCACGCGAGGAAAUAUCUCGACGCUGUUGACGAGCGUGAGAAGAUCUUCUGCCCGCAUCCGAAGUGUCGCAAGCUGGACGUGGUGCUGUGUCACAUCCAGCAUCUCAAGAACCACGCGCUGCGGGAGCACGGGAUUCGAUUGCAAUGUCGCUAG